AUGCCGGAGAUUCCAACGACUUUGACGGAGAUCACCGUCGUUGACGAGCCUUUACUUCCGACGAGGCAGAACACAACCGCCACACCGUCUGCCGGAGUUGAUACAGUUACCUUAACGGCAGUACUCUUGUUUCUUCGAGGUUUUAUCUCAGGCCGCCGUUUAGCGUCGAUCCCGUCAAUGAUAGUUCUCGAUAAUGCGGAGGAUCUGUUGGAGAAAUGGCGAGAGGAUUUUGGCUACUUGUUACCGGUUGUUGUUAUCGAGACAAUUUGGAACUUAGCAUUUGUUGUGGUUUCGGUCGUUAUGUUGAUUUUGAGUGUAUCUGAAAUUCCGAAUGUGCCAGUUAGGGUUUGGAUUGGCGUUUACGGGUUGCAAUGCGUUAUUCAUGUGGUGCUUGUCUGCUCGGAGUAUGUAAGGAGAAAUAGGCCUGACUCGAGUGACGGUGAUGAUACCGUGAUUGUGGCUUCUACUCAAAUCAGGUUAACUCUGACAUUUUUGGUAUCCGACACAUUUUUGGUUGCUGUUUAUAUUCUUAUGAUAUGUAUGAUCCCUCUUGCUGUUUUGCUCUGCUUCCCCUGCCUCAUUUACGUGAUGUAUUCCAAUCCUGUUCAGGCAGGUGCAUCAGAGGAUGACAUUAACGUCCUUCCUAAAUACAGAUUUGAAAUGUCCAAUGAUGAGGAACGAGAUGACGGUAGACCAGGUAGAAUGGUCCCUAUGGAAACAAAUGAUCCAGAAAAGUAUCAAGAACUUCUAAUCCAGGAUGUGGACUGCCAUAUAUGUCUUAGCUCAUAUGGAAAUGGAUCAGAGCUUCAGUUACUUCCAUGCAACCAUAUUUUUCAUGCUGCAUGCCUCGGAAAAUGGCUAAGGCAAAAUGGGGAAAUAGAGUCUGACAAACACAACAGAAACAAACCUAAAGGACAUCAUCGUAUACUACUAUAG